AUCAAGGCACGGGCACAAUCAUUGCAGAGAGGCCACACCGACACCAGUAGUAGACUAGUAGUCUAGCCAGCCGCACAGUUUGCUGUCGCGACGACAUGGCCACCACCGGCAAGUCGCUGGCCGCCGCCGGGCUCCUGGUCGCCGCCGUGGCGGUGGCCGUCCUCGCCGGCGCCGCCCCGGCGGCGGCGGUGUGCAACAUGAGCAACGAGCAGUUCAUGUCGUGCCAGCCGGCGGCGGCGAGGACGACGGACCCGCCGGCGCCGCCGUCGAAGGCGUGCUGCGACGCGCUGGGCGGCGCCGACCUCGGGUGCCUGUGCGGGUACAAGAACUCGCCGUGGAUGGGCUUGUACAACAUCGACCCCGAGCGCGCCAUGGAGCUGCCGGCCAAGUGCGGCCUCGCCAAGCCCGCCAACUGCUGAGAGAUUUAUCGAUCGAUAAGAGCUUAGCUUGUUGACGAUCACCUCGUGUGUGUGUGUGUGUGUGUGUGUGUGUGUCGAUCCCAUCCGUCGAUCGAUCGAUCUGAAUGGUCGCUUGCUUGGAUCUUGGGCGCCGGUUCUUCUUUUAACUCGUUGUGAUAUGUGCUCUCGUGGGUACGGACGUGUGGGUUGCGUCGGUGUGUGCUUGUGUGACUGUGUGUCAUCGUCGACGGAUGCAUGUAUCCAUGUGCUCUACCUCUCUUUAUAUAUAUGACUGUGGUUUUCCUUAAAAAAAA